AUGGAUCCCUACUCUGCCGAAGGCGAAUUGAUCAACGUCCACAACUAUUUCCACCAAGGCCAGUACCAGGAGGUCAUUGAUUACGAUACUUCUGCCCUUUCCUCCGAGAAUGAGCUUCCCGCCCGCGUUCUAGUCCUGCGAGCCCGCAUCGCCCUUGGUCAAGCUGAAGAUGUCAUCGCCGACGUGCAGGGAGAGAAGGAGCCCGAACUGGUCGCCCUUGGAGCGCUCGCUGAGAGCGCACUUGGCAAGACGGAUUCUGCCGUGAAGACCAUCGAGAAGCUCGCCGCAUCCGAGGGGGAGAACGCUACAGUCCAGAUUGUUGGAGGUACAAUCCUGCAGGCUGCGGGCAAGUCAGAGGAGGCUCUUGCCUUGCUUUCACAGCACCAGGGAAGCUUGGACGCUGUUGCCCUGAUUGUUCAGAUCCACCUCCAACAGAACCGUAACGACCUCGCCCUCAAGGAGGUUACCGCCGCGAGACGAUGGGCACAGGACAGUUUACUGGUCAACUUGGCCGAGUCAUGGGUUGGUCUGAGACAGGCUUUCUACGUGUUCGAGGAGCUUGCACAGGCGCCGGCAACGUCGUCCAUUGCAACUCUUGUCUCUCAGGCCGUUGCUGAGCUGCACCUUGGACGCACAGAGGAGGCACAGGCAGCGUUGGACCAGGCUCUGGCCAAGGACGCAGGCUAUGCCGAAGCCAUUGCCAACCUUCUGGUGUUGACGGUGAUUUCGGGCCAAGAUCCCAAGGAGUUCACGGAGAAAUUGAAGGCGGCGGACCCCCAGCACCAGUUCCUUGUGGACCUGGAGGAGAAGAGUGCGCUAUUCGACAAGGCGGCGACUAAGUACAGCCCCAAGGUGUCUGCAUAG